CCAACUCCACCGUCAACACCGCCGACCUGAACUUACUGUCUAAAGGACGAGCGCGUUACAUUGCCAGAUAUGAGAUGAACACCGCCCUAUCAGAGAGAGGCUCCCUCAUCAUCUACCUGGACAAGGUCUCUAACAUCCGGCCCGAGGAGAUCUCGUUCCGGAUCCAUCAGGAGCUGAACGUGGACUUCACCCAGCCGGCUGCUGUGUCCCUCUAUGAAUACUACGACCAGAAACGAUGUGUCCGGUUCUACCACCCGGAGAGGACCGAGGGGAAGCUGCUGCGGGUCUGUGGAAGUGAUGCGUGCAGAUGUGCAGAAGAGAGCUGCAGUAUGCAGAACAAGGCCAACAUCACCAAUAAUCAGCGGACCGCUAAGGUGUGUGAGAGCACCCAGACCAGCAUCAUAGACUUUGCGUACAAAGUGAGACUGGAGAGUUUUACAGAAGAUUCGUCCAUUGACGUUUACGAAGGGAAGGUAAUAGAAGUCAUCAAAGAAGGUAUUUAU